AUGGGUAAAGACUACUAUGACAUAUUGGGAAUCAAGAAAGGGGCAACUGAAGACGAGAUCAAGAAAGCGUAUCGAAAACAGGCUCUGAAAUAUCACCCGGACAAAAAUAAGUCACCAGGAGCAGAAGACAAAUUCAAAGAAAUCGCCGAAGCCUACGAUGUUUUGAGUGACCCCAAGAAAAAAGACAUCUACGACCGUUUUGGCGAAGAAGGCCUAAAGGGUGGUGGACCCACAGAGGGCAGUGCAGGUCCAGGCAAUUUCAGCUAUUCUUUCCAGGGAGACCCUCAUGUCAUCUUUUCAGAGUUCUUCGGGGGACGUAACCCUUUUGAUCAGUUCUUUGGUGCUCGAAAUGGUGGCAUGGAUGAGAACAUGGACACUGAUGAUCCAUUCAGCCGCUUUGGGAUGGGUGGCAUGAGUGGAAUGGGGGGGAUGGGAAGUGGGGGAAUGGGGGGAUUCCCACGCUCCUUCAGCAGCGGCAUGGGCGGUCACACUAGUGUUGUGAAGAAACACCAGGACCCUGCUGUAGUCCAUGACCUACACGUCUCUCUGGAGGAAGUGCUGUCCGGUUGUACAAAAAAAAUGAAAAUCACUCGUAAAAGAAUGAACCCUGAUGGCCGAACAGUGAGGAAGGAAGACAAAAUCCUGGAAGUGCAGAUCAAGAAGGGCUGGAAAGAAGGCACAAAAAUCACCUUUCCCAAAGAAGGGGAUGAGACUCCAACCAACAUUCCUGCAGACAUAGUGUUUGUGUUAAAGGACAAACCUCACCCACUGUUCAAAAGGAACAACUCUGACAUCGUCUACUCUGCCAAAAUCUCACUUCGAGACGCCCUUUGCGGCUGCACAGUCAGUGCUCCCACGCUUGACGGUAGACAAGUUCCUGUAACAAACACCGACAUUGUGCAUCCCGGAAUGAAGCGGCGCAUCACUGGUGAGGGUCUGCCUUAUCCCAAACGGCCAGAGCGGCGAGGAGACCUAAUUGUGGAGUACGAUGUGAAGUUCCCUGAAAGACUCAGCCAGGGCGCCCGGGACACCAUUGCACAGGUGCUUCCCCGAUCCUAA